AUGGGGAUGAGUGGCCUGCACGCAGUGAUUGUACCUUUCCCUGCGCAAGGCACCAUCAAUCCUCUCAUUAAUUUGGCCCAGUUGCUCUCUUCAAGAGGGGUAUUCAUCACUUUCGUAAACAUGGAAUGGAGUCACAAGUGCAUGUCUAAAGCAGCUCAUAAUGAUGAUGAACCCACGUUUAAGUUUCUCACCAAUCCAGAUGGAUUGCCGCCAGAUCAUGGUCGCCUGGCCAAUCUUGCCGAGUACGUAAUCGCAGUGGAACAUCUUGGCCCUGUCUUGGAGCAACAUUUGCUGAGCAGCUUAUCAGAUGGAAAAACUCCUCCCAUCACCUGCAUUAUAACAGAAAAUUUCAUGUCCUGCACUCACCAAGUGGCCAAAAAACUGGGAGUGCCCCGAGUGAUCUUCUGGACAUUGUGCGCUGCCUCUUCUAUUGCUCAGUGCAACGCAAAACUUCUUCUCUCUCGCGGACAUAUUCCUGUCAAAGUGGAGGAAUCGAAGAGGGCGGACAAAGUGAUCACUUGUUUGCCCGGGAAUCUUCCACCUCUGUUUCUGAGCGAUCUGUUCUCUUUCUACCGUGCUACCGACACAUCGGGCGUUUUAUUCCAGUGGGCCCUGCGUGAGUCCCAAUUCCAAAGCAAGUUAGACUAUGUGCUGGUCAACACGUUCGAUGAGCUGGAACCCCCUGAGAUGGUAAGCGCACUGUCCUGUAAUGGCUGCCCUGCUUUGGCAGUAGGGCCUGUAUUUCUUCCCAAUUUGCUGGCAGGAAAAGAUUUGAACGGGCGUGGGAGUUUGCAGGAGUAG